CAGUAGUAACAACCAGCUAGCCUACCUCACUGAUGUUUCUAGAUAGGGGCCAGAAGUAUAAGUUAAUAAUUUAGAUAGGAGGCGAUUUUAACUUAUAUGGGUGUACAUUUCGAGUUGUUUAAUUUCAACCUGUUUCUGGCAAUAAAAAAAAAGCUCACUAGAUAGCACGAACGGCUGUGAAAUAAUAUCUGACGUUGGCUAGCUACUGGACUGUAAACUUGCUCAACCAAGUCAUCAUGGCCUCCGACCCAACUGCAGUCCACGAUUCAUUUAUAAUAGUCUGUAGUAUGUGGGUGUUCUGCCUGAAGUUCGGGUUUGCUUUCGUUGAAGCAAGCAAGACGGCCCCCGAGAAUAUGACAAAUGUGUUCUUCAAGAACAUGUCAGACACCUUUGUCACCCUAGUGGCCUGGUGGCUACAUGGCUAUGCCUUCGCCUUCGGGCAGAAAAACUCAGUUAUCGGAGCCCAGUUCUUCCUGACUCUGGACAACACCAACCUGGUCCACUUCCUGUUUAACUACAUGCGCUGUUCCGUGGCCACCACGUUGGCACUGGGUGCUGCCAAUGAGAGGAUGGAGCCCAUCGGCUACCUCAUGUCGGCCUACGUCUUCGCAGGGCUUGUCUACCCUCUAGCCUGCCACUGGGUCUGGGAUGAGCAGGGAAUCUUUUACUCAGCCUCCACCUCUUACGCAACACAGGACUAUGCGGGCAGCGGAGUGAUAUUCCUUCUGGGUGGUGCUGCGGCUGCCGUAUCACUCCGGGUCAUUGGGCCCCGUGCCAGGCGCUGGAGUACUCACUUCAGACAGAGACGCCACAGUCCAGCAAUUUUGGUCCUGGGGGGCUGCCUGCAACUGAUGGGCUUCCUGGGCCUGGUAUUGGGGUCUCACCCACAGCUUUUCAACCCAGACGAAGGCCAGGUGCUGGGGCUAUGCUGGCUCAACCUGCUGUUAGCGGCUUCCAGCGGGGGCCUCUAUUGCAUGGUCAUCCGCUGCAUCCAUUUCAACUACUAUGACCUGGACAGUCUGCUCUACGGAGCUAUCGCUGGCAUGGUGUCUGUGUGUGCAGGUGUGGACUGCUACAUCCCAGGUGUAGCUGUAAUGGCUGGAACUACAGGCUCUCUCUUUUUUCUGGCAGUCCGCUUUUUGAUGGCCAAAAUCCAGAUGGACGACCCACUGAACAUUGUAUCUUGCUAUUUGGCACCGGGCAUAUGGGGCAUGCUGCAUGCUGGUCUUCUCUCUGACAAUGGGGCCCUCGGAGGGCGCAGUUGGGUGCUGGGGAAUAAUUGUCUGGCUGUGGUCGUGCUGGUCCUGUGGGUCGUGUUAAUCAUGUACCCCCUGCAGUCCCUCUUCAUGUGCCUUGGCGUCUUCAGGGUCCCUCGCAUCCUGGAGAAACAAGGGAUUGACAGGUUCAGACACCGGCAGAGACAUCCUUGUGUGAAGAGAAAGUUCAUGAAAUGACCCAUCAGAGCCUGUUACAUCUCCAGAGGUUUUACUUGGGCACUAUCAAUAGAUUUGCUCUUUACUCCUGUUUAUAAUAAAACAUUUCUUGACUUCAGGUAAUAACAUUUGUCACCCGUUUGAUUUUUGGUGUAAUUGAUCUAUGACAUUUAGUCAUUUAUCAAUAAAAAUAACAUUGAACUCAUUUCUGACUGACAACCAAAUACUUCAAUGCAAUGCAUUUUUAUGUACAGUAUUGGAGAAGAAUGAUGAAACACCACAUUUAGAAAGUCAUUUAUUCCAAACUCAACAAAUGUCCUAGAGCAUAGAUCCCCUUGUGACCAGGGGCCCUCAUCACAAAAGCAGGUAUUUAGUAUAUACUUAUCAGGGUAAGACUAAAUGUUCCGAACAAAUAAUAAUAGUACAACAGUUCAUGUUAUAUGUAUAUUUCCUUAAAACACAAGACAAAGUUCAGGUAAUGCACACUGAACUACAGUAAAAAACAAAAACAUAAAUUGUUCACAAUAUUUCAAAGUCCUUGGAAGUGUGCUGCUGUGAGCGUUCUAACAGGUAAUAAAAACAUGAACGUGGAUCCCCAGCCGUGUAUUUGCUCUCAAAUACCCAAUACUCUCUUAACUCCAUAAAAAUAUUCCCCAAUGCUGACCACGAAAGAUAG